AUGAAGCAGACAUUUGCGCAGAAGACAGAUUCAAUGUCGAAACGACGACUGUCCAGAUGGCCGGCCCGCCGGACAGCAGUCACUACUUGCACAGCGCUGAUCUGUCUGUGGCUAUUCACCUUAAUGUUGUAUCGGCGGGGAGAUUUCGCGCUGGAGCCUGACGAAUUCGAGCAAAACGACCAUUCAGUCACGCAGCAACUCGCCGACAUCACCAAGACAUACUCAUCCAACAGCACUAUCUCGCUGGUGCUAGCCGCGACACAAUCGGAAGAUCUCACCUGGCUGUUGAAUUACUGCCGUGAUCAGUACCGACGCCAUCCCUUUCAUCUACACCACCGACAGCAAACCCGCUCCGCACCUCCUCGUCCCCACACCACCCGCGGCCGCGAAGCAGCCGCCUACCUCUCCUACGUCUGGCACAACGACCUCUUCGGCCCAAAAACCAGCGUCGCGCUGCGCAAUCUCCGCCUCGAGGCCGUCGCCGCACAGGGCUACGUCAACCUCCGCUGCGAGCACGACCCAGGCUGUCCGACAAACGUGCACCCCUGGUCCCCGACGCAGAUCGAUAUCGAUAAGAAGGAUAUCCGCGCGUACUUCCCGCAGGUGUACCAGACGCUGUUUGGCGUCGGCAAGGAGCGCGUCCCCGAGCAUAUUGGGAAUGUCUGCUGCGGGCAGUUUGCCGUCAGCAGGGAGCGGAUCCUGCAGCGGCCGAAGCGGGACUAUGAGCGCAUGUUGGCGUGGGCGGGGGAGACGAACCUGACGGAUAGCUUUGGGGUCGGGUGGGUGUUUGAGAAGGUCUGGCAUGUGGUGUUUGGUAUGGAGGAUAUCUAUUGUCCGCGCUUCGAGCAGUGUCGGUGUGAUGUGUAUGGGUGGUGUGGCCCCUUGGCGAAUGGGGAGACACUGCAGCCAGUGAGGGUGAAGUCCUAG